UUCCAUCUUGCAAUCCCACAACGUUGGUUUUCUUCCUCGUGAUCCUCUUUUUUGAUCUUCUUAUUAAUAUUGUCAUAAUUAUUCUUGAUUCAACGUACGGCUCCCUUGUCGUUCUCCUUCUCAUAUCAGCCUUUAUCGCAUUACGUUCCUUCAUCGUCCGCCGGCGUUGUCGUCGCCGUGUCGAAGACGCUCCCGCGCAAGGAGCCAUUUUUGACCUGCCACCCACAGCGCUCGGUCUUACUUCACAGUUCAUUGGAGAGAAACCUAGCGUCCAUGAAGCCUGGGUUGAACAGGAUCUCCUACAGGAGAAAGCCCAGUGGCAGGCCAUCAUGCCUGUCACUGCUCUUCUAACACACAAGGUCGAACCUGCUGCGGAGUCCCGAUUACCUCAUGAAGCUCCACAACAACAGCGACCCUCAUUCCUUGCGCGCUUCAAGCGACAUUCUGUAUCCCCCGACUCACAUCCAGCCACGAUCAUCCGAGACUGUACCACCCCAGAUGACACCAUCUCCGUGUGCGUGCUGAUCACAAUGCCUCACCCAGAUUCCCCGAUGCGCUUUAAGCAUUCAUCGGAAUAUUCGGCCAAGUCGCAACUAAUUGACGGCAAAGAUCCGAACCUGGGCGUAACGGCAGGGAGGGCCAGUGAUGAGGAAAGCGUCCCAAACGUCGUCUUUGGCGUUGCAGAGCUUCCUGUGGUUGGUGGUUGGGCAGAAGCAAAAAUGGCGUAAUAUUUUCAGAUUUACACUUCCCUGAUACGACAGACAUAGAUGGUGCGAUAAUAUCGAAUGGUAUGGACCUUUUGACGUUUAACUCAUUUUGGCUAUGCAUCAUACUGUAUUCUUGCUUUGGAACACUUACUACCACUUACCCACACACACCACUCCUAGUAUGUAUGCAUACGAACAACAGGA